CAAAGCAAGCCUGAACUUCCUCCUAUUGAACUUAGAAUAGCUGGCGGUUGGGUUCGUGAUAAGUUGCUCGGAUACGAAUGUCAUGACUUGGAUAUUGCGAUAGACAAUAUGAUGGGUCUCGAAUUUUGCGAAAAUAUCAGCAGUUAUAUGAAAUCCAAAGGAAUAGACGUUAGAAGCGUACAUAAGAUCGAAUCGAAUCCGGAAAAGUCCAAACACCUAGAAACUGCCACUACGAAAAUUUUUGAUCAAGAAAUUGAUUUUGUGAACUUACGUCAUGAAGAAUACGCGGAGGAGAGUAGAAUCCCUAAAAUCGUAUUUGGCACUCCAGAGCAAGACGCAUAUCGGAGAGAUCUUACAAUAAAUUCACUUUUUUACAACAUAAACACGAGCUCAGUCGAAGACUACACGAAACAGGGAGUCUCCGAUCUGAAGGAGGGCAUAAUCAGGACUCCUCUUCCCGCAUUUGAAACCUUUAUGGAUGACCCUUUGCGGGUUCUAAGAUGCAUAAGAUUUGCCAGUCGAUUUCAUUUUACGGUAUCCGAAGACAUCUUGAAAGCUGCGAGAGAUGAUAGGUUAAAGGAGGCGUUUAAAAAGAAAAUAAGUCGCGAGCGUGUCGCAGUAGAGUUAGACAAAAUGAUUCAAGGACCGGAUCCGGUUUUAUCUAUAGAACUUAUAUAUGACUUUGGUUUGUAUGAAACUAUAUUUGUACCACCAUCUCAGCAAAAUUGCCAAGGAAAUAUGGGAGACUCUAGAGAUGUUGUUAGUCUCGCGAAGAUACUGAAAUGGCUCUUGCAGCUUACUGGCAAAAACAGUAUUCACUCGGAACUUUUGUCCCGAACUCCAAAAGAUCUUAGGGCACUUUAUUUGGCUUCUGUUCUGAUACCUUUUAAAGAUAUGAAAAUGAAGAAAUCAACACCAAUUUCUUAUGUCCUGAAGGAUAGCCUUAAGUUUCCUGCUGUAGAUGCAAUUUCAACGGAAAAACUAAUUUCCACCAUUAAUCCUCUAAUGGAUACAACGAAGAAAAAUGCAGAAGUCCCUUUAGAUCGAAAAUCGAUUGGCUUAUUUAUUCGUGAG